AUGCACAACACAACACCACGACCUCAGGGACACGCGUACCAGCGACAACAGCCAUAUCUCUACGCCGGCAACCACUUUAUGCCCAUCGUGGAUCUGUCGCCGCAGAGCCGUGCCGAAGAAAUACAACGGGAGUGGCCAUUUAUGUGGACGAGCAUACAAGCCAUCUGCUCCACGAUUCCGGGGGCACAGUCAGUGCUUCGAGCCCGUGUACAACACACACUAGCAAAUAAGCUUGUGAUUCAAGGCCAAGGAAGUUUGGACCUCUUGGUGGGACUGUUGUGCUACAUGACCUGGUCUUUCGAUCUUAGCCGUGGCAAGAACCACUACUAUACUCUAUCAAACCUGGCUGUCUUGUUGGCGGUUGAUCUGGGGCUCGACAGAACUGUCCCAGAGGGCUCUGCAACGGUACUGAAUUGCGUCAGCUCGGCUGGCGGUGCGCCACGACAAGUUGCCGAUGAGGUACCCCGCAACCAUGAUGCCGACCGGGCCCUUUUAGGCUGCUUUGCAGCCGCAUCGACACUAUCCCAGGCAACCCAGGUUCCUGGCGAUCCUACCCUCGUGGCUAUUGCUCGGGUCAUGAAGAUGGCAGAUGAUACAGCAAGAGUCACCGGUCGAGAGUCGUUUUCCGUGGCCCCACAGGGAGUAGCGAUGCUGUUCUUGCAGUCUUUGAAGUCGUCUGUGCAGCAAAUCAAAUUGACGCUGCCUCCCGAGCUCCUUCAGCACAAGGUAGUUCUGUCCUACUUGUAUAGUUCGGAAGCCAUGAUCUCGGAGCAGAUUCUAUUUCAGCACACCUUGGCACAGAAGAGCUCUACUUUUGAUCCUGGUCGCCUCGAAGCUUUGAGCGUCUGCACUCAGGCAGCGAAGUGUUGUGUUGAGAACUUUCUGUCCAUUGGUGCCGAUGAGUGUGCAGGCAUUUCUUGCUUCAUCAUGUUGCAUUUCUCCCACAGUCUACAGCUGUUAUACAGACUGUCCCUGCUGGAAGAGCCUGCCUGGGACAAGGCAACGAUGCAGGCGACCAUUAACGUGCUUAGCUACCUGAAUCGAGCUAUUAAUCACCUAAGCAACGCGGCUCGUCUUCACAAAAGCAACAAUAUCUUCUCAAAAUCGGCAGAAGCCUUGAAAGCGACAUUCCCGGUUUGGAGUGCGGCGCUAAAGCAAACGACUUCUGUGCCAACAGCUACAAGGAACACUGCUCCCGUGUAUGAUGGGCCUUCUAGCGUGUAUCCUAUGGACUUGAAUGAUGACUCAUGGUUCACGAAUGUUUUUGCGUCCUGGACAGAUCAAGACGCACCGAUCCAGACUUGGUGA